CUCGAGUGAUUGGCGGGUUCUUGUUUGCCCCUUAGUUUAUAUGCUGUUGAAUGCCGUUCAAAGCUUCUGUAGAUUCCAACGAGUAUCAUACGGAUCAUACGCAAUGAGGAUCACUAUAAUAUGUAUUCUCUCCGUGAUUGGAGCAGUAUACUCUACAGUACAGCGUGGCAAACAAAACUUUCCUAUGCUGAGAGGAGUUAACAGAUCUGGAACAGAAUACGCUUGUAUCAAAGGCGAUGGUAUCUUUGACAGUCCCUAUGACGAUGCAACGAUUGAAAACAUGAAGAAAUGGAACAUAAACAUCGUGCGUGUUCCACUCAAUGAGGGAUGCUGGUUUGCUAGAUGGGUCCCUCGUGCUGAAUACGCGGGAGAUAAUUAUCAAACUAAAAUAAAAGAAUGGGUGCAAAAACUCAGAGGACAUGGUUUGUACGUUAUUGUUGAGCUCCAUUGGACUGAAGGCUUGUACAAAGGACCCGCCCAAGGCGCUUGCUACGAAUAUGGUGCAAAAUGUCAAAAGCCAAUGCCAAACCAGGAGGUUUCAAUAGACUUUUGGAAAGAUGUAGCUAAUAUGUUCAAAGGCGAUGAAGGGAUAAUAUUCGACCUCUUUAACGAACCAUUCCCUGACAGAGCUAUAGAAGACCGUGACCAAGCCUGGCGUUGCUGGAAAAACGGUGGUGAUGAUUGUCCUGGUUUCGAAUAUAGAGUAGCAGGCAUGCAAGACUUGGUGUAUGCUGUCCGUAACACUGGAGCGAAGAACCUUAUUAUGCUCGGUGGACUGAACUUUGCAAACGAUUUGGAAGGCUGGACAAAUUAUCUUCCCUAUGAUCCUGCAUACAACGUUGCUGCUUCCAUGCAUAGCUACAACUUCAACUCUUGCAUCGACAAAAAAUGUUGGGACAAGGGAAUUGGAACGAUUAUCAAGACACAUCCCGUUAUUGUCGGAGAGAUUGGAGAAAAUGAUUGUUCUCAUCAGUACAUUGAUAAAUUGAUGCCUUAUCUGGAAGAAAGAGGAAUCAGUUACCUUGGGUGGACGUGGAACAACUGGAAUUGUAAGGACGGCCCUUCCCUGGUCAAAAACUAUGAUGGAGAACCAACUAAAUUCGGAAUCGGAUUUAAAAACUUCUUGGCAAAGGUUGCACACCAAUAAACGUAAUAUUUGUUAUGUGCUUUGUGAUAAUUCAUAAACAAAUCAAUUAAAAUAAUUAUAUCUCA